ACAAAAUUGGCCCACAGUUCGUUAUCAUGAUUAAUUCAAGUUUCGAUCAGUCUUCAUUUGAAGAAGAAUACGAUGAGCAGGAAACUACCGCUCUCGUUGACACCAUCUUGACAACUACCUAUAUCGUAUUUGCGAUUCUGGGCAUGGUUGGUAAUGGCCUUGUCUUGAUAGUUAUAGCCCGCAUCAAAGAUCUCCAAGAUGUCACCAACCUAUUCAUCGCUAAUCAAUCCCUUAUUGAUUUCACAGCUUCUUUCUUUCUGCUGUUUGGUUUCGUUAUCCCUGUUCCUGCCUUGCCCAAGGACCGUCCGACACUUUCUAGUUUCAUCUGUUCUUUUUGGUACACCAAAUAUCCGUUUUGGUCUAUGAUCGUUGCAAGUUGUUUGAAUGUAGCAGUGAUAACUCUUGAACGCUAUAUUGCAGUGUUCUUUCCCAUUUACUACCGCGUUAGCAAAAUAUCAGGUAAGACGAUAUCUAUCACCUUUAUUCCAUGGAUCUGCGGGUUUCUCUUUCAAAUUAUUCUCCUUUCGUUCAGCAAGGUAGAAAAUGGACAGUGCUUUGAAUUUUUGUGGCCUGACGAAGCAACAAAGAUCGGAAUCUGCCUAACAACUUACUUGUUGGAAUUCUUGAUACCCGUUGGUACCAUGAUAUUUGUCUACGCCAGAAUAUUUUACCAGCUUCGUCGCAAAAGUGAUCCGUUUUCCCAACCAGCAAAUUCGUCGUCCCUGGGAGAAAAUGAAGGGAAAGCUAUUGGGCGCAUCAAUGUAGACUAUCGCAUUAAAGCUCGGAAGAAUACCAUCAAGACACUCGUAACAGUUUCUACCUGCUUUGUAAUCUGCUUGUCUCUCAAUCAACACAUCUAUCUCGCCUAUGGCUUUGGCAUGGAUCUGAACUUCGCAGGGUCAAUGUAUAUCACCUCUGUAGUUAUGGCGUUCGGAAACAUUUGGAUAAAUCCUCUUGUCUACACUUUUCAAUAUCAACGAUUUCAGAGAGGUAUCCAAAAACUUUUCUGGCCUACCAAGUCACAGCAACUCCAAGUGAAGGCUGUCUCUAGUAAUUCCAGGCAGAUUUAGCUAAAUUGUUUUAUUGAUAAAUGUUAAAUAAUCAUAACUUCAUUGAGAUUAUUAUUCAUGCGUUCUUAGCUCAAACAGCUGAAGCAAUAAUGAAUGGAAUGAACGCAGUCUCACUAGACAUAAUCUGGAUGAUCUGAUUAUGAUGGGUUUGUCACUUUGAAACGUUGCCGAAUAUUUUCCCUCAAAGUAAUAGCACUUUGAUUCAUGAUUAGAUUUAGGUGCUUGUUUAAAUUUUCGUAUAUCAAAUAUGUAUUUGCAUAGGCCUAUACCUCUACAGUACAUAAAAUUGUAUACAUGUGUCAGGAUUCCUCUUUAGGAAUCAUAUACUGCUUUCAUACAAGUUUUGUUUGGAAGGAUCCGAUUCUUACGUUAAAUAUACAAUUAUACAAUACCAACAAAAAUUGAAUACUGUCGUCGAAAGUUAUCUUAUCCUGUUAAUAUUUUGAUUUUCAUAAAUGCAAUCAUUCAUUAUUUUCAGAUCCUUUGCAUAUGUUGUACAUAUGUCAAGUUCAUUUUUUGUGAUUUUCAUAGUGAUAUCCAAUCAAUGUUUGGAAUAAUUAAAAAUAGGUUCAAACUUCAGGAAAUAAUUUCAGUUUACUGCAAAAUGAAACUAGUGAUAAAACUUGUGAUAAAAUCAAUAACAAAAAAAUCAAAAAUGUUUAUGGAAUCAUUUUGAACAUAGUCUGGAAUAGGAUUCUUUACAAUAUUUUUCAGUUGUGUACACAAUUUUUAUAUCAUUUUCGUGAGGCAUUAAGAUGGUAAUCGUUUAUAGAUCUAUGUAUUUUACAUUGUUGCUGAGAGAAUGAAUGUCGGGAAACUGUGUUGACCAAAGUUUGCAGUGUCUCGGUUUCCAAGAAGGGGUGAAGUUAGGAAUGCAUAAUAAUGAGAGAAAAAAAGUAAAUAAUUAUUUUGAGUUCAUGAAUUCAUACAUGUCUAUAUAAAAUCACUAAUUUGGAAUAACCUAAUGUCUCUUCAUUUUUUAAAAUAAAA